GCAGCUCUGCAUACAGGAGAAGACAAGAGCCCUAAAGAUCAAAGAUACCCCAACAUCAUGUGCUCCAUGAAGAUCAUGCUGUGUAUGGCACUCCUCGUUGCAGUUGCAGUAGUCACCGUAUCUGCUGACACUGGAAAAUUUAGCACCUGCUGCACCAGGGUCUCCUCAGCUAAACCCAGAGUUCAGAUAGUGGACUUCCUCCUACAGGAAGCAGCUCCUCCUUGUGUUGAAGCCAUCAUGUUUAUCACAAAAGAAGGCAAGAUUCUUUGCUCCAAGCCUAACGUGCCCUGGGUUAUUCAGAAGGUGAAGGAGAUCGGGCAAAAGAAAAAAGCACAAGAAACUAAAGAAAACAACGAGUAA